CAACCUUCAGCAGACAUUUGUUCAGCUCUCAUUGUGUGACUCAUGCAGUCACAUGAAGCACAGGCCUCUACGUUUGUUUAUUAUACCAACAGCACUGGAUAACUGGACUUUGUGGAGGAUUUAGUUUUUGUGUAUGAAGCUGAGUUGUUUUGUCGGUUGCUGCAAUGGCUGACACAAGCUCUCAGUCACCGACCUCCGGCUCGUCGGCCAAGCUUGACCAAGUGCAAGGUCAGGUCAAUGAGGUCAAAGUGAUUCUGAAAGACAACAUCAACAAAGUGCUGGAGAGGGGCGACAGACUAGACGAUCUGAUCGGGAAGACUGACGACCUGCAGGCGUCAGCUGACUCGUUCCAAAGAACAUCCACACGGGUCGCCAGGAAAUACUGGUGGAAAAACAUUAAACUGAUGAUUAUAAUUGGCAUAGUUGUGCUGAUCAUUGUCAUCCUCAUCAUCCUCUUUGCCACAAAGGUUAUUUAAAUCCUAUCUUUAACCAGCUCGGGACUGAAAGCAAUGAAGGUGGUGGAUAAAGCUCAAGUAGAGACAACAUUCAUUGAGCGUUUAAUUUCUCAAGAGUGAUCAUUUCAGAUCAAAAAGAGAGAUAUGUCAUAUUUCAAGAUUAAAAUGUGUAUGUAAAUGAUUUCUUAACAUCUGAAAGCUUGUUGAUUAGUUUUCUCCGCAACAUCUUGUGUUGUGGAGAUAAAAUUCAGAGCAGCAGUUUAAAUUUGGCUGAAAUCCUCCUUUAACACUCCAAGUCACUAACGUGACGUUGAACCACUCUAUUCAUAUUUCACACAGGAUCACAAAGCCUAAUAAGUGUUUAUUAUUUUUAUUUGUCACUUUUCUUUAUGUCCAAUACACUGUGUAUAUAUAAUGUACGUUUAUGACUGUCAAACUCUGUAAUAACAUAUGUAUUAUAAGACUGAUGACUAUGAUAAAGAGGAUAAAUUGUGA